UCAAAAAAAAUAUUUGCUGCCAAAUAGGAAUGUAAUACACAACAAAAAACAAGAAAUACGCAAAAAUACAGAACAUUAGAAUCGAGAGAAACAGACCAGACCCUGAGAUUGAAAUCAUGCACCGGCACUGUCAGUUCGGGCACUGUUUAGUAGACAGCAUCAAGUAUAUUUUUUAAAUUUCACGUGCUAAAUUCAGUAAAAAUUUGUCCACAAUUGCUACACGGUACGUUUUAAGCAUUUAACCACAACGGAGUGACCGCGAUGUCGAAGCGAGGAGCGCGGCUCGUGGCCUACGUCUCGGCCGAGGAACAACUGCUGGACAUCUACUCGCCGUUGGCUGGAGACGAGGUGGAAGCCAUUGUCGAUCAAGGCGCCGGAACGGAAACAGUACCUGAAGCGGACGCUGGAGAAGUCGUUGGGAAUGCGGAGGCACACUUUGAUGGUAGCUUGCCCUGCGAGAACCUGCAAUUCCGUGAUCAUGACACGGACCUGGAUCCAGCAGUGGACAGCAUGCUGCACGUGAUCUCUGACGACUCGGACAUACACAGUCUCAUCUCAAGCGAUGGCUUCGAUAGUGGCAGUGGCAGUGGGUUCAAGGGCUGGGACGAAAACACAUCAUAUAGGAGCAACAUAUCCGAUAACGCACAUUUUAUCUUUGGACUGUGCCGUCGCGUAUUAUCAGAUGAGGAUGCAAUGGCUACGACGACCCCCAGCUGGGACCGUACACAAACUAAACUUUCGCACGGCUGCCGCGAUGUCGUCCAGAUGAAUGAGUUGCCCGAAGAUCCUCGAAACUCUGGUAUGUCCUUGCUGCAUGCCGUCGGCCAUAAUCCUGGUGUGUUGCUAACCAACGGAAACGAUCAAUUCGUUUUGGUUCCCCACGAGAAUGAGGAGGAUGAUGAUGACCUGCAGCCUGUUGAGGAACCAUGCGUAAUCUAUGAAACCGUUGACGGCGAGAACAUGGUCAUGCUAGCUGAUGAACAUUGCUGCGAGAUACUCGUCUCCACGCAGGGAGUUUCCAACGAACAGGAAUUUGCUAGGGCCAUCCUUAUGGCCGGAAAUGGAGGUGAAACGCUUCUGGGCCUGCUGCCCGACGAAAGGAAUGCGAAUCAACGUCUUAAUGGGACGUAUAUUGAGGAGGUGAUAGGUGGCCUGGGAGAGGAUGUGGCACGGCUGACAGACGGAAACAAUGUCUACCUCAGCGACGCCGCUCUUAGGCAGCCACUUGCACACCCGGAAAUGGUAGAGGAUGAGGGGCACGAGGAGAACGAAAACGCCACCUUUGUAGACGACACGCCAAUGGAAGAAGAACGUCCGGACAUCUGUCAGGUAUAUGAUCAUGAACUGGAAGACCAUGACGAUGAGGAGGAAGACUGUGGCAUUGAAGAGCAGCACCCUGUUCAGUCCAUUAUGAUCAACGAGCUGGAGGAAGAACAUCCGCUAAAGAGUCAAGCAGCUCGCCGGGUGACUCGCGAGCAUAGUAGCCCCACAGAAUUUCCAGUCAGCUCUUCGUCCAUGCCGGACGGCAGUUACAACUACGACUACGAUGACGAACUGAUGGAAGGGCAGGUUCCAUCGAAGGUUGCGCCCUUGAAGCGAAAGUGCCCUCAACUGAUGAAGAACACGCUAUACGCAGAGGCCAUGGACCGGAGGCUAGCCAGUAUCUGUCAGGCGCAGCCUCAGAUGAGUCCUGGCGAGAAAGUUUCUAGCUGGGAGACGGCAGUCGCUGAAGAGUGCGCACCCGUCGAGGAUGUAGAAAGUUUUCAGGCUGCCUUUGAGGAGCACGAGGCACUCAAAGCCCCGCAGCGUCAACACAACUUCCUUAAAUUCCGAGAGAUGCUAACUCGCGACCUGGAGAAAGUUACCCGCGAAAUUAUGGAAGCGUUUGAGUCGACGGACGAUGAGCCAGCACCACAGGACCGGGUGGUGCAAAGGCGCCUUUUGCACGUUCUACCCACUGAAGAGACCAUCGUGCUGGACGAUGAUGAGGACGACUGCUAUGAGGUAGUUGAUAUGGAUAAUGCCUCUGUGACGACUUUGGUCCCGGAAAAGGAUCAAACGGAAGAGCAGUUGCCGGUUCACCCUGUCGGAGACGUAAAAACCAUUGAGACGCAGACGUUAGCGGAGAGACAAUACACCAAAAACACAUCCACCACAGACCUUGAACAGUUCUCGCUUGAGACACCAGCAGGUACAUCCCCACCGACUCCGGGACUAGUGGCUACCGUUCCCAAGUCUUCAGCGACCCCCAGAGGAAUCCAAGCGUCCACGGAUACUACCUCAUGCGACCUUGUGGGUGCAGGUGACCUAAAGCUGGCAGACCGGGUCAUAGAUGCUAUGCGACAUCAAGCGCAACAGCAAAUUGUGAGACAAAAUGUGCAAACGCAACCGAACCAGUUGUAUUCCUACCAGGAGCCGACAAACGUUUCAACGCCCAUGCAGAUGGAUCUAAACAGGGGACCACAGUGCACUAGUCCUAAUGACGCCAUGUUUUACGAGCAGCAAGAGUUCUGCAACUACCUGGGUCUCACCGAGUUGGCCACGGCAAACGCGGUAGCCUCGGCGAUGCGGGAGCUGGCCAACAGCACGAUUGCUCGUCGCUCGCUUCGUGUGCGUCCCCAGCAGCAACUGGACAGGAUGCGAAGCGAUGUGCGUGGCAGACGGCGCGAGAAGGAGCGGGAUCGGCAACAAGCAAACGACAAAAAGCCACCAGUGACUACAAGCAGCGACGGGAGCCCCGAAAAGGACGAAAACUUAACCUCCCAUGCGCCGCACCAAGCUAACGAGGGAGAUGUUAGUCUCGAAUCAGUUCGAGGUCCAAGCGAACCACGACAGUCGGCCCUUCCAGCCAAAGAAGUUCCCUUCCCGGACCAAAAUCAGGUGCAGGGAGAUGGUUCGGAUGCCAGGAAGGAGCUGAGAGAAAAGUCCAAACCACCCAUCGAAGAAGUACAAAAAACCAAUGAAAAGGAACCAAAUAAGUUGAAAUGGAAGAGCACGGGCCUUUCCACCAUGAUGCAAGACCUGCAACGAAAGAGGCUCGAGGGGCAUCGACCAAAAUCUGUGGAGGCAGCCUUUGCGAAAGUUUACGAAGCAGCGGCACCUGCCCAAUCCAAGGUGCUCGAGGCAAUGCAGCAGCGCUUGCGCCAGGCGCGCGAGACCAAGCCAUCCAUCUUUAUCGUUCAGGCGAACCAUAACGCACCUUCACAAACGCAUACGCCGCCGCCGCCGCCAACACAAACCUCUCGUAUCGCAACUUCACCGGCUCCCCUAAUCGAACCCUUUGGCGAUGUUUCUGCGCCGCACCCCACCGGGAUAAUUUCUCCAUCGAAGAAGCUGAGACUCUUGCAAGAAGGUCCGGAGAAGCCAACCCAAAUGACAAGUUCACCAACUGCUAGUAACGCCAAGACCGUGAGAAUAGCGAAGCACAGAAAGACACAUGGAGCACCCAAACAAGAGGCCCCGAGAGUUCCCAAGCGACGCCGCACCACUGUUGCAGCUCCUGUAGCGGCAAAACAACCUCGCGCCCGGGACCUGGUAACUCGUUCCACUACUCACAUGAACUCCAAGCUGUUGCGCAACCGCAAGGUCAGCCUUCUCAAGAGCUACGCCCUUACGGAUGAGGUGGGCCAGAGCCGUGGAAAGCGGUUGUGUGGCGGCACCAUGCAAAGUCCCAAGAAGGUGCUAAUGUCCAAGGCGGCGCGAUCGAACCUAAAGAGGCCAGAGCCGGCGGAAAAGACCCUGCCCGAGCAGCACCGCCUGCAGCAGCAGCAAGGUCCGCCCAUCACUUCCCGCAAGACCAAGGCCCUCAAACCGAGCAUGAGCCCCACGUCUACUUCGGCGAACGCUCCCAUCACACCCGUAAAACGCACUAAGCGACUGCGUACCAAGUCUCUACCAGCUACUCUAGAAAAGGAGCCUGGACACAAUGUAGUUGCCUCUCCGGCCACCACUCAGUUACACAGAACCGUACCUAAAAAUGUUUCGGAUGAUCACAAAUCUGCUGUACGGGAAUCAACCGCAGGACAAGCCUAUGCCCAACCUGUUCUAGUUUACCCUCCGACGCCACAACCUGCCCCGUUAAGCUCGAAGUUUGGGGGUGAGCGCCGGUUACGGCAAAAUGCGGGAACCGCAAUUCAUCCUAUCCGGGAGAACGACAUUCUAUCUACUCCGCCAGGCGGACUGGUGCGCCUCAACGAAGGUUCUUCGCAACUGCCGAAUCCCCUCGACCCCAAGCACGGUCUGGUCCUGUACAUGUACUAUGAGCUGGAGCAGUUGAUCGUGGUGCAAGAAACCUGCAUAUCCUUUUGGAAGUUCUCGAAGGUGUUCAAUGUCUUACACCAUCCGCGGCACACCUUCUCGCCCCUGAGUGGGACCAAAGUUGCCGCAGAGGAGCAGCCUGCAAAGAAGGAUCUCGAGGUAGAACUGUCCCCGCGGUGGAUGAACCUAGGGCGAGUGCGGAGAACCACCACAGAUGUUGAGAUCAAAGCUCCUUAUGGAAGUCGCAUGUGCAUGCACAACUCCACGCCGGUCUACUUGGAAAUGCGGUGUCGUCCGUUGGACCAGCACAAGCGGGAAGUGAAGCUGACGACGCUGCAUGUGAAUGUGUACUAUUUUUGUGAGGAGGAGUUGCGGCCCCGUAUGCAUUCCGUGCACUUGGACUCCGUAAACUGCGAACCAUCGAACGUGAUAUACACCAGUAUCGCGGAGUCGAGAUAUUUUGUCAUGGCCUGGCAGCAAGCGGUCGGGGUGGGGAAGCCACGCUCCGGCAUGUGCAAAUACUCCCUCACCCCAAACCUGGACACACUAGCUUCCAUUCGGGAGUUCAAGCCCCUGCGCCACGAGCUCUACCAUAUCGAGUGCGUGUCGGAGGAUCGUCUGAUUGGCUAUGGAUACUGCCGCAUAACCGUUUGGGAUCACCGCAGUGGAGACAUAGUGAUGAACUACGACUUGGGCCGUCCUUUGGGCAGGUGUCUGGGGGCAAUGCAUUAUCCCAGCCUGGAUCUGGACCAGAGCAGCAUGUUGGUGCUGUACCAGCUGAUGAAGGAGCCGGCCAAACAGGCCGAAGUUCAUGUGAUUGCCUGCGAGAUCUCGUAUGCCACGCCGUCGCAUCGUCUGUUGCAUGUGCAUCGCCUGCCGUCGCCCCAGUUCGAGACGCACCUGGAGUCGGUGAAUACCGGAGAUCAUCUAAUCAUUAAGUCGGCGUCGAAGGACGAGGCCUGGAUAAGCGCCGUCGACCCGCGGCAACUGACCUAUUUGGCGCCGCAGGUGAAUGGAGUGCAGCGCUUCUACGUCCGGGACAAGUCGCAAGUGGUCGAGAUGUCGCCCAAGUCUCUAACGGUGGACAGCAUCGCGAACCACAUGCUCAAGCUGGCCAUCCAGCAGCAGCAGCUCGCCAGUGUAGAUAAAUUGUAGGUAGUCGUCGCCUUGAAGCAAGUAUUUUGUGUUAAAUCACACACACUCUUUGUCCAAAAACCAUUCAAAAUCGAAAGCAAAUCUCUUGACGCCUUAAAUGUGAACUGAACUGAGAACCCCAGUGUACCAGGAAUGUGUCCUGGACGUGCUGCGAGUAUAAAUUAUCAAUUGAUUAAAUUCCGAUAGUUAAUCCGCAAAGACCGCAUCAUCA